UUCAUUGGAUCGUCUCUGAUGCACCCGAACCGCGCUGUUGUCCACUUGUUGGGCCCCAAAUCGGAGCAGGGCGACAACCCCACCCUUUCCGGCCCCCAACACCAACAUGUUCAGACGAUAGGGCUCACCGAUGUUGAUAUACCCUUCAUGCUGGUUGUUUAUGCGUUCUGAAGGACCAGGAAAAUAUGAGUCUCUUCCAAGAUCUUCCGCCGCCGUCGUCCAAAGGAUUGGGUCUCUUUGGCGACGAGGGCCAUCCUGACAAGACGACUUUGGAAUGGGCUCUAAACCUAAGCGUAUUCACCUCCCGGAGGCCGUUCUCGCAUGUGGCCGAAACUCUAGGGCGUCGCAAGCCAGCCAUUCUCAGGGUAUGGGGUACUCUCACGGCCAGCAAACCCGCGCAUGGAGACGGCGUGGCGGACGGCAUGCCGGAGUACGUUGUGCACAUUCAGAGCCAUGACGACUCAGAGAACAUCGACCUAUGCCAGCCUCGCUGGUAUGAGUCUCGACAGACCAUCGAGUACCCUUCGGUGACCUUCGCCGAGGCAAGGCAACACGAUAGUUAUCUGCUCAACCGGCUAUCGAUCUAUAAUGACUGGAGGCCUAUAGUUCGUGUUGUCCGGUACCCUGUGGAACCUGAGCCGGGAAUUACGAGCCUGGUACCCGUCUGCUUUUGUCUCUUCGACAAGACGCACAUGCCCGGUGUGCUUCGAGACGAAACUGACGCCAUCAUAGAAGGGGUAGACCUACACAAUGGAAAAGUGAGCGACGCCGCGAUGGUCGCGGGCCUCAAUCGCUAUAUCGCUUGCCUCAAGGGGGAGGGACCGGAAGAAACUCCGUCUCCCAACCAGACAUUGCCAGCUAGUGCGGGAGGUCAGCCAGCAGGACAAACGGGUGACUGCCAUGCUGCUCCCAUUCCGAGGGGUCGCCUCAGGCGGCAGCUUCGACGACAUGGGUGCAUCGGGCCGCAGACGCCGAUGAAAGGAGAGAGCCAAAUUGUCCCUGUGCCCGAGCAAGGCGGGAACCUGGUCAUCCCUGUCCGGCCCAUACCUGCUGUCGCCAGUGCUGUCGUGCGCGGUCGGAGGAGGCGGCAGUACAAGAGACACGGCCUCGACCUCCGCCAGGUCGAAGCUUCUCCAAGGAUUCCCAUCCGUCCUCAUGCCAAGGCCGCCGUUGACGCGGAGAAGGAUGUCGCCGUCGCUACCGGUGCAAAGCUGAGCCCUGACAUGCUUCCCUCCCUUCCGGGUGGAACAAGGCUUGGCCCGGAGGCUUUCUCUGCCCUGAUAGAUAAGCAGCCCGUCAUUUGGCUCGAGACGCCCAAUCCCAAAGAGUUUGACUCAGAACUCCUCGUCCUCCCCAUUCACUAUGACAACGGCGACAGGCGGAGGCUCGGGUACCUUGUGCUUCCCAAGGAGAGCAUUCUCGUCUGGGUAGACGAGUCGUGGGUGAACUACAUUUCAUCCAACGGAACGGACUUCUGGGUGGAGAGGCUUUUUGUUUUGGACAGUUCGAGCACCUCCGGCUCUCGGCAAUUGGUACAGUAUUGGUAUAAGUUCCUCCCGGAGGUUGUUGACGAAUUCAUCGACGGGCUUCAGCCCUCCGCCUUGGCCAGGGACGGGGUUGGCGAUGUCGAGCUGGCUUUGCGGACAUCGCUCCAAACACCACCACUGGUGUUUCCUGAUUUGGAGCUGGGAGCUCUCGCCAGUGUGAGGAUGACGUUGGCCAUCUGCUUGCUACUGGAGGAGUGUCACUGACGCCAGG